GUGCGGUUUGUACUCAGUCGCCUUCAAUAUGGUCUUCGAAUGCUUGCCAUUCAAAGUUUUCUAGAUAUACACUACAAAUAUUCAUUACCAUAGAAGGAAUGAUGAUUACUGGUAAAUGCAUAACUUUUGGCGUUUCUGGAAGAUUUGUAGUUUUACGGCAUAUUCUGUAAACUGAUAUUCUCAGUACUUCAAGACACAUAUCGGCUCCAAAUGUUCUAAUCAGAUUCUUCCUGGCCCAUAAAUGUCUCACGGUACCAGCAACACUGCUGCUCAUUUCGGAAAAUAAUCCCGCGAAGAGCGUGUUUUAUCACCACACUAUGGAGCGCGCGCGGGAGCUCUUCUCCCCCUUUGUGGAGCAAAAAUCCAGCUGAACUGGUUGUUACUCGAACGCUGCUUCCCCAGCAGCAGCAGCAGCGUGUUGGGUUACAACAACACUUGCAUGUGCAGCGCUUUUCCAUCACGACGGCACACGGCUGUCGUUGAGCAGCACACAACACGUUGAACACGGACACGGUUCUGCACUACACCUCGCUUCGCGCUCUAUCGGUGGUAGUAGUGACCUGAGUUGUGUGUCGUGAGCUCUUCUCCCGCCAUUCGGGAGGUUUCGAGACUCACUUGUUUGUGGGGCCAAGCAAGCUAGUCAGUGCGAGAAAACGAGAGACGAUCCGUGCGUCCGAUGCUGUGUGCCCGCUGCUGUCCAAGUCCGUCCGGUUUCACUUGUGGAAGAACUCUGAUGAAAUGCCACAACCCGUAGCUGUCCGACAGGAAUAGCCGCUGCUGCUGCCGUUGCUGUUACUGAUCUCUCUGGAUUAUUUCGAUCGGCGCAAGAAGUGUUCUUUCCUCGACUUAUUUUAUUUUCCAACGUGUGGUGAAAGUGUAGUUCUUUUGUGUGCGAGGAUUAGGCGGCUUUUCUCGAGGAAGGAGGCGAGAAAAAGUUCGAAACCACAAAGUAGUGAAACGGUGUACAAAGCUCCUAGCUUUUCCAUCCAAGAUAGAUACAUCCAAGAAGAAGAAUAAGAGAUCACAAUUUGUGAAGUGAAGUGGUGAAAAUGGUGCCGAUAAAAGGGAUUUAUCUAGCACUCCUGGUGCUCGUCGCCAGCAGCAGUUUCCACAGCAACCAGGUGAAAGGAGACAAGUACGAGGAGGACGACGAUGACUACUACGACUCAAGAGAACGCGUCCUAGAGACAUCCUAUCACGGUCUUAUCAAAGAGAACGAAACGUUCGUCGAGAUAACGCCGUUAAUCAAAGUCGACGAAACAAAAAUAUGUGGAUUUCACAUAAUCAAAAAGAAUAAGGAGAUUCCGUUUCAGAUCGAGCUAGUCAAUGAACUGGGCAUCCUGAAAGCGAAAAAGUCGCUGAAUUGCGAAAAGCGCAAAAACUACAAAUUCGACAUCACGGCCGUGUUCUGUGAUGGAUCGCACUCGAAAAGCGCAAGCGUUCACAUCUCGGUGAUUGACAUAAAUGAGUAUUCGCCGACAUUCCUGCAGCCGUCGUACGUAACGGAGGUGGACGAAGGUCGCCUGUAUCAGGAAAUCAUUCGGGUGGAAGCGACAGACAAGGAUUGCACUCCCCUGUUUGGCGACGUGUGCAAGUAUGAAAUUCUCACCAGUGAUCAGCCGUUCACAAUCGACAACGAGGGCUCCAUCCGAAAUACCGAGCCUUUGUCACACAAAGCGUCCCACAAUCACAUCCUGUCGGUCGUGGCCUACGACUGUGCGAUGAAGCAAUCCGCCCCCGUCAUGGUGAACAUCCGAGUGCGAAGAGUCUGCGAAGCACACGUCAUGGGAGUAGCCGAGCGAAUUGAUUACAUUGCCAACUCCAUGGAGAGCGUAUCCCUGUUCCCGAAGAUACACCUGGAACUCUGCGACAUGCAGUGCAAAGGAGAAGACAUGGUUAUUCAAUCGUCGGUUUCACUAAAAACUAAACAUAUCUCAUUUGGCUGCGACCGGGAUGCAAGCCAAUGCUUGAAGAAGCUUAGCGACGAUGAGCAGAUUGAGAGUGGGAUGGUGGAUCUCCUCCAGAAAAAUACCGAAUGGACAAAGGAUCUGACGUACGACGAAGGAACUGAAUCGAUUUUCCAUUUCGAUGGAAGCUCUGGUGCCAUUAUUCCAAAAAAUGUGCUAAAAUCUCAGGAUUUUGCAGCUCAUCAGUUCAGCAUUAUGACCAUGUUCCGCCAUCACAGCAUCGCUACCAACGAUAAACACACCAAGGAACACAUCAUUUGCAGUGCUGACGACCACAAAAUGAACCGCCAUCAUAUGGCUCUAUUUGUCCGUAAUUGCAGACUUAUUUUAUUGCUGCGUAAAAACUUUAAUGACGGCGAUUUGAACAUCUUCAGUCCAGCUGAAUGGCGCUGGAAGGUUCCCCAGGUUUGCGAUAACGAGUGGCAUCAUUACACAAUCAACGUAGAUUUGCCGAAAAUUGACCUUUACAUCGAUGGCAUUAAAUUCGAGAGCAACGUGGAGGACCGCCAUAGCAACCCAGAAGUGAUUGACGACUGGCCAUUGCACGCUGCCCACGGUAUCAACACCACUCUCGCUAUUGGAGCUUGCUAUCAGGGAUCGGAAAAUCGUCUGAAGCAUGGAUUCAGUGGUGAUAUUUCCGAAAUUAAACUGUCACUGAGAAAAAUUCUCACUCCAAAACAAAUUCGCUGCGGAACAGAUUGCGCUGAAAAGCUGCUUCCUCCGCCAGACCACUUUUUGGAACCGGAACAACAAAUCCAGUCCAACACACAAAUGAACAAAAUCAUCAUUGAGGGCAGCAACAAAAGCAAUAUUGAGCAGCUGCUCCAGCAAAUUCAGUACAUCAAUUCAAAGGAUAACCCAACGAUUGGACGUCGCAACAUUCAGGUCAUGACCACAGUCAGCUGUCCAAAUAAGAAAGCCAUUCGAUUGCCAACCAUUGAUACAUACAUUAUGGUCACAUCAUCGAACAUUUCAUCGCCGCCAGCAACCGCAUCGUCAACGUUGUUCAACAAAAUCCUUGUCGACAAACCACUAACCGUCGACCAAAAGCCACAAAUCGCCAUCACUGGCAACUCCAAUCAUCUCGUAUCAUAUCCGGACAUCAAGGAUGGCGUGAAAAUCUUAGCACAAAUCAACAUCAGUAUUUACACCGGCAAGGAAAUCCGUCCAGCAUUGCAGAAACUCGACUCCUGCAAUGUCAUCGUUUUCCCCAGCCUUAAUCCGGAUCACGAGGAAAUCACCAUCGACGACAAGGACGGCACGGACGAAUCGUUGUUCAAGUUCGAUAUCAAAACCAAAAUCAGCAAAGAUGGCGUCGAAAUGAUCGGUUACGACACAAUCGAGAACUACCAGCACAUCCUGAAGUCGCUGGUCUACAUCAACAAGAAGCCGGCGUACUACCUGAACCGGGUGUUCAAACUGACCUGCUCGCAGGUGGAUGACCACUUCCGAAGUGCAGAGUACACGCUCACGCUGACGGUGCUGCACCCCAAACAGCAGCCCACGUCGGCGGCCACGUCAUCCAACGUGGUGAUGGCGGUACCGUCGGUCAUUCCGACUUCGGCUGCCGACGGGCAGGUACAUUCAAGCGCUGCGGUGGCCGCAGAUUCGCAUGAAACCAACCAGUAUGCUCAUGCGAUGCUCCACUCGCAUGACAUCCAGGAGUCACAGUCCAAAGUGCACAACCUGGCGCACGACAAAGCCCAGCUGGCCUCGUCCCACUCGACCAUGUUGAUCGUGGUCAUAUGUGCGUCGUUUGUGCUGUUAAUCUGCGGAGUAGGAAUUGCCCGCCUGCGGAACAACGGAAGCGGAAGCGGUGCCAGUCAGUCUCAGAAUGUGGACAAGCACCAACCCUGCCCGAAGGUGGCACCCGAGCAGCAGCUGGACUGGGACGACUCGGCCCUCACCAUCACCAUCAAUCCAAUGCAGAAUGAUAACCUCUCGGACGAGAGCUCCGAGUCGGAAAAUUCCGAUUCGGAAGAUGAGGAAGUUAUCAACGGACGUUACAAAAAUGUUAGCCAACUAGAAUGGGACAACUCAACAAUCUAAAUGAAUAUAUCAGAAAUUUUAAAUUAUGGAAAAUUUAUUGCAUAUUUUAAAAUUAAUAAAACAAACAAAUUGAAACAAGCAAAAUUGCCAUCCACUUUCCAACUUGUACAACACACUCACACAAUGAAAACUAUACAGAGCCACACGCAAAACACGAACACGUAUAGGAUUAUUACAGAAACAACAGCAACAACAACAACAACACAAACAGCAGAAACAACAGCAGCAGAAUAUCUUCAAUAGCAAACAACGCGCGAAGUAGUGUAUAAACUCUGAUGGAGAUGAGCGAACUCAGACGACAACAAAAAAAAAUCCGGGAAAAAACGGAACCCAUCCAUUUUGGUUCUACAGAGGCACUGACCAACAACAACGGCUCGACCGUUCGACAUCCGACAGUGGACAGUAGUAGUGUGGACAAGGUGGUUAGAGAAACCAUAUGAGCCACGUGAGGGUAGCGGGGGUAAGCGCGACACACACAACAGAUGAACAGAGCCCGAUCUAUGCAUUAUUAACGAGCGCAAACAAUAGUGAUAACUGAAACGUGGCGGCAGGCAGGCAGCUCUGAACCGAUCCGAACCAAUACUGGCAGUGCGCGGUGAAUGUGUGUGGGAAGAAGGGGGCGCACACGUGCGCGAAAGUAAAUGUAGAGAAAAAAAGAACCAUCGUUCAUUUCAAUACGAUUUCAUUAUGUGUAGGUUAUGGUUUAUUUUAUUUUUUGCCUGCUCUUGUUAGAAGUGACCAGGUAGGGAAAUGGCAGGACACCACACGUUGUGAAUGGUUUUAAAUGUACCAAUGUGAAUUAAGUGCAUGUUUUUCAUGUUAGGCAAAAUUGAUGGAGUGUUAAAAGGUGUAUUUGAAUCAUAGUUUCUAAAUUUAGAAUGAAAAACAUAGAAUCGAUGUUUACAUUCUGGUCAAAGAUUAUAACAAUGAAUUAUUAUAUUUAUUUAUUAUUUAGACAUCUAUCACAACACCAACACACUCGCUUCUGCUUCUACCUGCAACCAAGCACUUCUUCAGAGUAAAGCAUUUAACUGCAGUAAUAGAUCAAAAAAUCAGAACCUUACAAAUACACACUACAUAGUACAUUUGAGCGGUGGCUAAUAAUAUUGAGUAAACUUCGUGAAGCAUGCAGCACUUAAACCACAUUUGUAACGCUCUGAACGUUUUUGUGGUUUGUCUACGUCUUGGCCACUGAUUAUCUCAGAAAAUUGGACUUCUAGGGAAUUAUCUGAUUCAAAACAGAUUCCAAUAA